AUGGCGUACGCCGCUCCUCCAGGAUACACGCCUCAGCAGCUCCAGCAGAUGCAGCACGCGAUGCAGCUCAGGCAGCAGCAGGAGAACGCUAUUGCGACUCACCAGGCUCAGCAACGCGCGCAACUCCAGGCGCAGGCAGCACAAGCGAGGCAGGCAGCUCUUCAGAGCCAAGGCGGAGUUGCAGGUCCGCCGGCGGCAGCUGUAGCGGCUGUUUCUCAGGGCGGUCCUCCGCCAGGCGUAACUUCGCGCGAGAGGGAUGCGGGAGACGGCGACGACGCUUACAGGAACGCAAAACGCCGCAAGCCAACCGACCGUACCCUCCCGUCGACAUUCACUCCAUCCGUCCCCGACUCGCUGUCCCCCUCGCCAACCGACAAGUCGCUUGAAUCCUCCCUCUCGUCUCUCUCGAAGCUGUCGGCUUCGUACAAGCGUCUCCAGGAGAUUGAGCGUCGGAUGGACUGGACUUUUGCGCGCAAGGGGCUUGAAUGCGAGGAGUCGGUCGGGACGGUCGCUUCGGGCAAUGCAAAGGGCCAGGCGUUCAAGCGGACGCUUCGCGUGCACGUCAUCGCGACGGUCAAGGACCAGCCAUGGCAGCUCUCAGCCGACGAGCUCGCGGAAGUCGCGAAGGGCACCGACGAGUCUGCCGAUGCAGUCAAGGCAGAGGAUGGGGAGAAGAAGCCGAAGGAGCAGGAUGCCAAGCCGAACGCUCAAAGAGUCCCUCGCGUUGACGUUCGUCUGAGCGGCGAACUUCUCCCCGACUCGCGCUACGCAGCGCCGGCAAACGCCGCUCUCCCUUUCACGGCCUUCCUCCACCGCCUCGUUCUCGAGACCCCGCAUCGCGACCCGACCGUCACGCCCGUCGCAGCCCAGCCGCUCUCCUGGACCCGCCCUGUCGCGCCUGCCUCCGCCUCCUCGCUCCCUCCCGCCCUCUCCGCCUCGUACCCGACCUCGACCUCUCCCCUCUCGCUCCGCCUCGCACUCUACCCCGCCCACCCAGCAGGCGACCGCUUCGCGCUGCACCCGGACCUCGCGCGCGUGUUGGACCUCGCCGAGUCCGACCGUGUUGGUGUGCUCGAGGCGAUGUGGGCGUAUGCGAAGACUAGGGGGCUGGUGGUUGAGCAACCGGAUGCGGGACCUGCGCCUGGCGGGGCGACGGCGCAGGGCGCGGGAGCGAUCAAGAGCGGGAUCAAGACGGACGAGCGGAUUGCCAAGUUUUUCGGCAAUCUGCCGAUGGUCGCUUUCCACCACAUCCCCGAGUACCUCAACCGCUGGUUCAUGCCCGCCGCGCCGCGGGUCGUCAACUUUGACAUCAAAGUCACGCCCGACUCGCCCGCCGAGCAGCACCACGCCUUCGACUUGACGCUCUACCAUCCGUCCCCUGCCCGCCCCGCGCUCGAAUCCGCCAGCCGCUCGCUCUCGUCCCUCGUGUCCGGCACCGCGCCCUCCGCAACCGACCUCUCCCUCCUCGACGACAAGCUUGCGACCAACUGCCUCGCGACGACGCAGCACCUCCGGCAGCUUCACGCGCUCAUGGCGUUCACGCGCGACCCGCGCGGCUUCCUUGAGCGAUGGCUCGAGAGUCAAGCUGGGUCGCUCGAGCAGAUCCUCGGGACGUCUGCGAGUGCCGCGGCGGGAUCUGCGUCGACACUCGGCGAGGAGCUGUUCGGCCCACGAUGGAGAGAGGAGAUCCGCAGCGCCGAGACGUGGGAGGACAAGGAGUGGGUCAAGGAGGCGGUGGGUGUCUGGGCGAGUCGGGAGAAGGAGGGCCAGCUCGCGCGGACGAGGGUACAGGCUCAGCAGGCUCAACAGCAGCAGCAGAUGUACGCGAUGGCUCAGGGCGCGCAGCAGCAGAUGUAUGGUAGGAGGUAG